AUAACACCAAAUGUCCGAAGACACUCGCGCGCGGCGGCAAGGUUGGCAGGGAGCAGGGAGGAGCGAGCACCAAAACCAUGAUUUCUACCCGGCAUCUCUUCAUCAGGGUUUUUAGCAUUGCCAGGCACUCAGGGUAUAGCAGAGGGCUGAGUACAUCAGCCUCAAGAUGGAGGAAAGAGGAGACAGCACAGAGUGAAGGGACAAGCACAGGCCAAGAAGAUGCUUUUGAGUCAGAGAGCUCUUCUGAGGAAGAUUAUGAUGCAGGGGAAGACCAACUUCGUGCAGAGAUCCUGAAUGCUGCUAUGCCUUUUAUAUACUCCCAUGGGUGGUCCCAGGAAGCCAUUGCUCAGGGCGCUGAGACACUUGGCUAUUCUGGUAUGGCACAUGGGAUGUUCCCCAAAGGGGGUGUGGAGCUUGUCAAUCACUUCUAUGCCACAUGCAACAACAAACUAGAAGAAAACCUGGCAGCCAAGGCAAAGGAGAUCGAUAAUCCAGAACUGAAAAAAGGGACCACAGCUUUUAUAGCUGAAUCUGUGGAGGAAAGGCUGCGCAUGAAUAUUGAGUACCUUGACACAUGGCACCAGGCACUUGCUCUCCAUGCCUCACCUACGAACAUGCCAGAAGCAUUAGAUAAUCUUGGGCGGCUUGUUGACCACAUAUGGUACUAUGCAGGAGACAGAUCUCAUGAUUUCAACUGGUAUACCAAAAGAGGGAUCUUAGCUGCAGUUUACAAAAGCACAGAAUUGUACAUGCUACAGGAUAAGUCUGAAGAUUUUGAGGAUACCUGGGCUUUUAUGAACAGACGACUCUCAGAUGUCCACAGCGUAGCAAAGUGUGCAAGAAAUGCAGAUAACGUAACCAAGGAUAUUAGGAAUGUUGUGAAGGCCGGACUGUUAACGGCCCUAAAUAUAGUGGGAAUGAAUGGCAGAUCCCGCUAAACAGAAUUCAUCAUUAUUUUGUUAUUAGUGUACAUUUGAUGUAAAUAAAAAUAAACUCUU